UCAGAAUGGCGACAAAUGGUACCUCCAAAGAUGCUGCCCUUUCAAAUGUGAAUGUAACUGCAGCUCUUGACGUUGAAGGCAAUGUACCGUUAGAAAGUGUUCAGCUCGACGGAUUGGUAGUGCUCAAGAUAAUUAAACAUUGUCGUGAAUUCUUCCCUAAUCCUGUUACUGGUCAACUUCUUGGCUUUGACGUGAAUGGUGUAUUAGAGGUGACCAAUUGUUUUCCGUUUCCCGGAACCACGAAGCCUGACGAUGAAGUAGAAAUUGCCGACGGCGCCAGAUAUCAAGUUGAAAUGAUGCGUUGUCUUCGUGAUGUCAACAUUGAUCACAAUACAGUUGGAUGGUACCAAUCAACAUAUUUGGGUUCGUUUGUAACUCACAAGUUAGUCGAGACUCAAUUUAAUUAUCAACAAACUUUUAAUAAUAAAAGUGUGGUAAUUAUACACGAUGUUUCUCGAUCAACACAUGGUAACCUGUCACUACGUGCCUUUAGGUUUACCCAAGCGUUUAUGGAAACGCAAAGAGAGGGUAAAUUCAGUACCGAAUCACUCGUGAAGAACAAACUUACAUUUUCCAAAAUAUUCGAAGAGUUCCCGAUCAAGAUCAAGAAUUCCCAUCUAGUGACCGCAUUACUACAUUCAUUGGAUGAUUUUGAGGAAGUUGUUCCAAAAGGAAUUUCGUUGGACAAAGAAAAAGUAUCUAGUCCUUUAAGCCCCAAUUUUGAUACAUUGGAAUUGAGCCUUGAUCCAUACAUUGAAAAAAAUUUGGAAUUCUUGUUGGAAGCUGUUGAUGAGCACACUCAGGAGCAAAGUAACUUUGCAUUUUGGCAGAGAACUGUUGCUAGAGAACAAACUAAAAUGCAGGCUGCACUUCAAAAGAGGAGACAAGAAAAUGCACAUCGCCUUGCCAUGGAACAAGAAUUGCUUCCAGAAGAUGAUAUUCUCAAGAUAUUCAAACUUCCACCUGAACCAUCAAGACUUGAUUCAUUAUUGAUUACCUCACAAAUUAAUAACUAUUGUAAACAAUUGAACCAAUAUUCUGGACCUACACUUGGAAA